AUGGCUCUCCUCGUUCUAUCACAAGGAGGUUUCGGGUUCGUCGAGAGGCGACCACACGGCAGUUUCCGACAAGCCGAACUGCGCCGAUGCGUAUUGACAGACUUUCAAAAGAUUGCACUCCGUGACUACGGCCCAACUUCUCCCGAGAACAUUCACAUCCACGGCCAGACAGCCGACGUGUCAUAUAACACUCAGGACAAUGAUGGAAUACUAGAUGCACUUCCUAGCACAAUCUUGCGCUCACUUUCUAGGUACAACUCUCUAGCAACUAAAACCUUCAGCAAUAUCCUCGAGAAGUAUAUGUCCCCCGCUCUUGAUGCUCUGCCUACGUCAGAACGGUUGGAGGCCACUAACGCCUUGACCGCUAUCCAACUCGAAUGCAACAAACUGCCCGACCUCUGGCGGACUUCUGUGGAAGACGGGCCAGAAUUUCCGUUAGUGCAGAGAUGCACCUUUCUCUGCACGGAGGCUGUGGACAAGAUCGAAUGUUGUGGUAGUCGAACCGAAUUUCGCGAUUUUGACCUCAAAGUCACUAUCACAAGCUCUGAUGGGAACGCCGUUUACAAAAGUGAAUAUGCGGGCAUUGAUGAUAUCGUUCAUUGGAUGUGGAGGGAGCUCCUUGUUAUAAGUGUCGUCCGAGGUGACAGCGACACGACGAAAUCCGUCAUAUCUGACAUCGAGCAAUUGAAACGUUCAAGUGAGGUCCAUGCACUCGUCAGACCUAGAGAGGAACCCUUGGGCAGAGACGAAUAUUAUGACAGUCAUUGGACUCAGGCUAUGCAAGAUGUUGGUUUUCUGCUUCUGGAGGAGUAUGCUCAUGCUCGGGUAGCCUCCUUUCAACAAAAGCCUUCUCUCCAUCUUUACAACGAGCUUAUCGCUCAAUCUCCUGAUCGCCAACAGGCUUUGAUCGAGGCGACAAGGACCCAUGCAUUUAGUACCGAAACCGCUGCGCUCAAGACGUACAAAGAUGUAGCAGAGAUAUUUUUGAAGAGCUCGGAAACUGAUGACCUAGUGCGACUAUUGGAUAUCGCACCAAGGUUUGCGUUUCAAACCGCAGCGCCUGCGACGGUGCGCAAUAUUGUGGAAUACCUCUCAAAACAGUCCUCGGAAGAUCUCCGCACAAGGGCGUUGGAUGUCAUGGAAAAGGCACUCGAACACGCAAAAAUAAUGGUAUGGUACGCAUGCGAGGAUACAUUCCCCGGUCACGAGGAAGGAUCUGAAUACUUGGAGGAGAUGAUCCCCCAAGGUAGAUUAUCGAAGAAGGUUGGAGGCGACUGGUUGACCAAUGCCAAAGAGUGGGAGCUGCGAGACAAAUAUCUCUCGAGAUAUGUCUGGUACAUGUGCCAUUCAAGCAGGAGAGACUUCGACGACUAUGAAGAAGAUCCUAUGUUAGGCGUGGAUGAGAACGAUAGCGAUUACGAAGAGCAGAAGGAGCAUCGGCAGCCUGACUUCGAGAAAGCUAUCAAGGAAUGGGUCCUUGUCCUGCAGAAGUUUCCGGACAGGGUGCAGGCCUCCGCUCUCUGGGACAGACUGAAAGAGAGCAAUAGCGAUAACUUCCUGUUCGCGGUAGAUGGAGUCGCUGAAAAGCUAGCUAGCCGGUGCAUUUUUCUAUUGAGGAAAAUUGGCGAUCGUUGA